ACUCACUCAUCAGCAGUCGAAAUAACGUGUUUUUCAAAGCUCUUGACUCAGCAAAACUCCUGAAAUGGCUCAAUCGGUAAAAACAUUCUCCGUUUGUUUGUGUCUCGUUGCAGUUUUUGCGAUGGCAGUCAAAGCCCAAACUACCGAUCGCACUGCAGAGUUCGAAGCCCUAUGUGACAGAUACAGGCAGGUGGUUGACACGUGUGAAGAAGAUCUAAGAGGACUUCUUACAUCUACUGAACAGAACCUGUUUGAUGAAGCUGAGAAUAAUAUGGUGUGUCUGGUAGAGGAAGGAGAGCAGAAUAGCGCUGAUGCCUGUGAAAUCUUGGAAAAAAUUUGCCUUGAAGUUGUCGACUGUUCCUCUACAGCUCGUUUCAGACGUUCUUCGUCUGUCUCUGCCGAAUCGUCAUCCGUCGAAUCUAGUGAAACAGACUGAGGCGGUCAUCGCAGGUCAAGGGUCGAAACUCAGAACCCCAUCUUCCCUUUGCCUUUUGGCAAUGUGUAUGAAGAUUACUUUUGAUUGAUAUCAUUAAUUUUCUUUCAAUGACUUAUU